AGAGAGUUAAGUGAUCUGUGCUAUAUAGUGAUCAUAACCUCAUUCUCACACACAAAUUUGUUUUUCGCAGGUAUUUUCUGCAAUUUACGAUUUUUCUGUUUUUCUUUGAUUUUUUUGUGCGUUUUUUGAGCUCAUUUCAUGAUGGAGGAAAUGAUGAGACUUAGUAUAGUCGAAUAUAUGGUCUAUUUAAAAGGUUCUGAACAUUAUUCUGAAUAUGUAGUUGAAGGUGAGGAACUUCUAAAUGCAGGGCAUUUAUUAUUAGCUGGGAUAACUGACCAGCAUUUAAACAAAAUAUUUAUUUAUGCUCUAUGUGACGAAUCCAGUACUAUUAACCAUAAUCCCCAUGAAAUAAAGGGUGAAUUAAUGAUCAUUAAGGACAAUGCUUUGAAGAUAAAUGCAAUGCAUUGUUCCUGUACAGCUGGCAAUAGUGGACGAUGCAAACACAUUUCAGCUCUUUUAAUCAAAUGUAUAAGAGUAGAUAAUAUUGAAAGUCUGGAGGAAAUUUCCCAAACGGGUAUUAACAGUGUUUGGUCAAAUGAACAUAAAGACACAAAUGAUAAUUAUAAACCUGUUCCAGUUGAGGAAAUGCCACGUUAUAAACAGAAAAUCACAAGGAGAUUAUCUGUGGAUAAUGCAGAUAUAUUAAACUUUUUUUGUAAGCAGCUUCCAAAUUCUUCAGUUGCAAAACAUAGGCAAGGGAGAAGAGAUUGAUACCACUCACACAGAUUAUAGACGAAAAUCCAAUUGUACCUAGUACCAAAGAAUAUAUACUUACCUAGAAGAGGAGUUUGAAUGGAACAGAUGGUUACGUUUAUUUGUCACUUCAAAAUACUCCUUGAUACUCUUGUAGAGGACGACUGCAUAAACUCAAAUAGCCAACGAUGCUGCAGCGUAAACUAUUAUUAGGCUUGGGGAAAGUGGGACAAGAAUACGAACAGAGCAUAACUUUGCAUCCAGAUCAAAUAAAAUUUCGAUGCCAUUGAUUUGCAAACUCUUUUUCACAAUAAAAUAUUUAUUUUUAAUACAUUAAAUUGUUACAUUUAUAAUUUAAAAAAGAGGUAUGAAAAU